GCAGGCGACUGAGCUAGGGCCCGAGCGAGGCGCCGCGCGCCAUGGCUGACCGUCAGGCGGGCCCGGCGGUCGGGGACUGGGAGAUCGACGUGGAGAGCCUGGAGCUGGAGGAGGACGGCCGCGGGGCGCCGCCGCCGACGCCGCCCGAGCCCAGCCCGCCGCCGGCCGACGGGGACGUGGCGGGCGGCGGCGCGGAGCCGCGCAAGCUGAGCCGCACGCCCAAGUGCGCGCGCUGCCGCAACCACGGCGUGGUGUCCUGCCUCAAGGGCCACAAGCGCUUCUGCCGCUGGCGCGACUGCCAGUGCGCCAACUGCCUGCUGGUGGUGGAGCGGCAGCGCGUCAUGGCCGCCCAGGUGGCGCUCCGGAGGCAGCAGGCCACCGAGGACAAGAAGGGGCUUUCCGGGAAACAGAAUAAUUUUGAGCGCAAAGCCGUGUAUCAGAGGCAAGUCAGGGCACCCAGUUUGCUGGCCAAAAGCAUUUUAGAAGGCUACCGCCCCAUUCCUGCAGAGACUUAUGUGGGAGGGAGCUUACCUCUACCGCCCCCAGUAAGUGACCGGAUGAGGAAACGACGGGCCUUUGCUGAUAAAGAGUUGGAGAACAUUAUGCUGGAGAGAGAAUAUAAAGAGAGGGAGAUGUUGGAAGCUUCCCAAGCUGCUGCCUUGUUCCUGCCCAGCCGCAUGGUGCAUGGACCUGAAUACACCUCCUACAAAAGUGCUUACAGCCCCACACCGGUGGAACCGCCCAGCAAAGACUUCUGCAAUUUUUUGCCCACCUGCCUUGACCUAACCAUGCAGUAUUCAGGGUCUGGGAAUAUGGAACUGAUUUCUUCCAAUGUCAGUGUGGCCACGACUUACAGACAGUAUCCUUUGUCCUCGAGAUUUUUAGUUUGGCCCAAGUGCGGCCCCAUGAGUGACACCCUCCUCUACCAGCAGUGCCUGCUAAAUGCCACCACCUCAGUUCAAGCCCUGAAGCCGGGAGCCAGCUGGGACUUGAAGGGGGUACGCAUCCAGGAUGGACUGGGUGCAGAACACGACAUGAUGCCACCAAAAUUAGAAGGCUCUCUUGUGCUGCCUCACACUCCUGAGGCCCAGACCUCCAGAAAUGAGCUUCAAGGUCACCAGGCCAUCCCUGAGAGGUCUGCAUUCUCCCCGCCCCGACGGAAUUUCUCUCCCAUUGUUGACACGGACUCCCUGGCAGCUCAAGGGCACGUCUUAACCAAGAUCAGCAAAGAAAGCACCAGGCACCCUCUGCCACUUAAACAUAAUCCAUUCCACUCAUUAUUCCAGCAGACUCUUAAUGACAAAUCAGGUCCCGAGUUGAAAACGCCAUUUGUCAAAGAGGCCUUUGAAGAGGCUCCUAAGAAACACAGAGAGUGUUUAGUCAAGGAGAACCAGAAGUACACAUUUACAAUAGAUAGAUACGCAAAAGACCUUUUCGUAGCCAAACAAGUUGGAACAAAACUCUCAGUGAAUGAACCACUGUCAUUUUCUGUUGAGUCUAUUCUUAAGAGGCCUUCGUCUGCCAUCACUCAUGUCUCUCAGUGAAAGUCUGCUUAAACAGAAAGCUGGAUUUUCUGCAGUCGCAGAGGGUUCUUACCAGUCACUAAUUUUUUUAAGAAAAAAGAUGUUUGUAUAAAGAAAUUUCUAAUGUAAAUGAUGAUGAUUUAAGAAAUUCUAUAUAUUCAUAUGCAUGUACUUUUUCUCGCCACAUAAAUAUAUUUAAACUUAAAUAUGGAAAUUACUUAUGUGCAAAUUGUAAAGUUCCACACUUUACAUAGCAUUUCAAAAAGCAAUAAAAUUGACAGUGUCUUCUAAAAGACCC